AUGGAGGAGGGGGCGUACGAAGAAAGAGCCAACAAACUGUGGACGUACUACAUUUCCACAGACAACAAAAACAACAACAAACCCCACACAGAUGCCCAGACGGACCCUCCCCACGGGGACAUUUACAUCGUGCGCCCGGCCCCCUGCGGUGCCCUGGGAAUCUCGUCCAGUGGGAUUAUUCCUCAGGCUCAGAAUAUUCCUCUGAAUGGAGGUCUGUUUGGCCACAAGACCACGAGGAAGAAGGAGCCUUAUGCGAGUCACUCAGACGAGGGUUCGGACGUGGAGUCGGAGCCGGAUCUCCCCCUGAAGAGGAAGCAGCGCCGCAGCCGCACCACCUUCACCGCGGAGCAGCUGGAGGAGCUGGAGCGGGCCUUCGAGAGGACGCACUACCCCGACAUCUACACCCGGGAGGAGCUGGCUCAGAGGGCCAAACUCACCGAGGCCAGGGUCCAGGUGUGGUUCAGCAACAGGCGGGCGAGGUGGAGGAAGCAGGCGGGAGCCAGUCAGCUGAUGGCGUUUAACCACCUGAUCCCUGGAGGCUUCCCCCCCUCCGCCAUGUCCAGCUACCAGCUCUCUGACAGCGGAUACCCCUCAUCCAUAGCACAAGUGUCGGAGCCCCCCAGCACGCUGCACCGACCCCAGCCUCUGCCCCCCUCCUCGGGUCACCAGGGGUCAGGGGUCGGAGGUCAGGUUGAAGGAGGCUCUCCGUACUGCCUGGCCUCCGGACGACACUCCUUCUCCGGGUACUCGGACGGCUUCGUGAGCGCUGGAGGACCGGCCAACAGCAUGAACCCCUCCUUAGGAAACGGACUCUCUCCACAGGUGAGACUGCAGCCAGAGAAACAUGUGAUUUUAGAUUUUAUAGCAGAAUCAGGAUGA